GAAGCUGGCCCAGUGGGACGGAGUCAGGGCUGUCGGCGGAGCACCGGGGAGCCGGAGGGUCCGGGCAGAGAGCGCCCCCUCCCAUCAGGCUUAGCCGCCGGCCUGGUACGCAUGCGCAGCCGCUGCAGUCGGCUCUCCUCUCCGGCCGUUCCACCGCCCUGCGCAUGCGCGGCCCGCCCCUGCGGCAGAGAGGCGCCCCGGGCGUGACUGCCCCCCGCCGGCUGCGGGUGGGGGGCGUCCCGGCCCGGUCCGUGGGGCGAGGAACGGAGCACGCGCCUUGGAGCUCGGAGCUGUCCUCAGAUGCUCUGAUCUUUGACCACUGCCUUUCAGAAGUCGCGUCCUGUGCGGGCCCGAGCCUUCUUCCACACCAUGAACACGUCCCCCGGCACGGUGGGCAGUGACCCGGUGAUCUUGGCCACUGCAGGCUAUGACCACACAGUGCGGUUCUGGCAGGCGCACAGUGGGAUCUGCACCCGCACGGUGCAGCAUCAGGACUCUCAGGUGAACGCACUGGAGAUCACGCCUGACCGCAGCAUGAUCGCUGCUGCAGGUUACCAGCACAUUCGUAUGUAUGAUCUCAGCUCCAACAACCCCAACCCCAUCAUCAGCUACGAUGGGGUCAACAAGAACAUCGCGUCCGUGGGCUUCCAUGAGGACGGCCGCUGGAUGUACACGGGUGGGGAGGACUGCACGGCCCGGAUCUGGGACCUCAGGUCCCGGAACCUGCAGUGCCAGCGCAUCUUCCAGGUGAAUGCACCCAUUAACUGUGUGUGCCUGCACCCCAACCAGGCGGAGCUCAUUGUGGGUGACCAGAGCGGCGCCAUCCACAUCUGGGACUUGAAAACUGACCACAACGAGCAGCUGAUACCUGAGCCUGAGGUCUCCAUCACGUCGGCCCACAUUGACCCUGAUGCCAGCUACAUGGCGGCCGUCAACAGCACCGGAAAUUGCUACGUCUGGAACCUGACGGGGGGCAUUGGUGACGAGGUGACACAGCUUAUCCCCAAGACCAAGAUCCCGGCGCACACCCGCUAUGCCUUGCAGUGCCGCUUCAGCCCCGACUCUACGCUUCUCGCCACCUGCUCGGCCGACCAGACGUGCAAGAUUUGGAGGACAUCCAACUUCUCCCUGAUGACAGAGCUCAGCAUCAAGAGCAGCAACCCGGGAGAGUCCUCCCGCGGCUGGAUGUGGGGCUGUGCCUUCUCGGGAGACUCGCAGUACAUCGUCACCGCUUCCUCUGACAACCUGGCCCGGCUCUGGUGUGUGGAGACGGGAGAGAUCAAGAGAGAGUAUGGCGGCCACCAGAAAGCUGUCGUCUGCUUGGCCUUCAAUGACAGUGUGCUGGGCUAGCCCGUGCCCCCCUGGGAUUUCAGGUGGCUGCCCAGGGAGCACCUGCGGACUUGUUCUGCCCAGCUGCCCAGGUCAGAGUGUACCUCCACGGGCUAGCCUCUACCAGCCUGGCCAGCUGGACCUGCCUGGCCUACCCUGGCCCCCUCGGCCGGCUUAGACUGGCCAGGCCAGUAUGCCCUGGGAUUCUCUCAGCUCCCAGUUGCUUAUGUGGAUGUGACAAGGCUCAGAAGCCUACUUGAGCUAACCUUCACUUGUUCCGGAAAUUCCAGAUCCACAGGGCCUGGAGGUUCCAGGUUGGUGCCCAGCCCCAAGCCAGUGCUCCCCCCCCCACCCCGACUCUACCCAUUUUGUGUCCCGAGGCCACAGAGAACACCGUUACGGCCAGGUGGAGGGUUUAUUAGCUUCUGCCGGCAGCCACCCUCUGUGACUGGUGACGGGGCUGGCCUGGGGGACUGGCCAGGCUUUGAACUUAGUCUGGGAGGUAAUAAAAGCAGACUGACACGCAGAUGUUGCUAGGGAAGCAGAUGUCGAUGCAUAGGUAGAUCAGCCGCUGCCUCUGGGGCCCUGGGGGAAGGGGCCUCCGUGAAACCCAGAGGGUUCCUCCCCCUUCUCCCCAGACUGUUCUGCAGGAGCCCAGGCCUCAUGACACCACCCCAACUUACCCUGUGCUCGACGGGCCCAGUAAAUGGGUGUCUUCGUGCAGAGGUGCCGCACGGAAUCCCCCACCUGGGCAGGGUCCACCUCACGGCCUCCCAGCACUGCCAGCAGCUGCUGGGCAGAGUGGGUGUCCUGGUUGGGGCCGGGGGGCCCUUGGCCCUGCACAGAAGGCUCUGGUGGGCCAUGCCGCAGGGGCACUGGCACUGCCUGGGUUGGGGCAGGGCCUGUGCGUCCCUGGACAUGCUGGCCCGCUGCCAGCACCACCCUCUGCUCUUGUCAGCAGCCUCGGUCAAGGGAAGACAGGCCUUCUGUUCCUUGAAACCAGAGCUGCAGCUGCCCCAGGCCUGGGCCGUACACAGGACCCUUUGUCUGUCCCCUGGCCCGGGGAGCCUGGCCGCAUGGGGCUGCUUACCCUGGACAUGUUCACCAGCAGCUGCAGGGUCUCGCGAUCUCGGGGCUCCAUCAGGCGGAGGAAGCAGGCUGGGUGUUCCGAGGGCCGGUAACAGACGCAGCCCUGGGGAGGCAGGCGGGUGAGGCAGGGCCACCCCAACAUCCACGGGUGCUGGCCACACCCCCAGCCCACUCACACUCUGCCCAUCGAACAGCACUGCCCAGCUGCGGUUGCUCUGAGCCGAGGUCACCCAGAUGGUUGCCACGUUCCGGGCCGCAUCCACCUGGGCAGUUUGGUUGGAUCGGGAUGCCCCGGGGCUUGGGAGGGUCAGACGGAGCAUCUGCAGCAGAGGCUGAGAUCGGGGAGCUAGAGCUCAGCUGGGCAGGCUGGGGCAGCCCCCGACACCCCCCCCAGUUCUGCGAGGUUUCCGACCCCCACCCCCACCCCUCUCGUCCUCCUGCCACUGCUCUGAGCCCUGGCUUCACUGGAGGGCUGGGAGGUGCUGGCCUUUCCUUCCCCUUCCCACUGUCUGUGGCCCUGGCCAGGUCCCCAGGAGGAGCUCACCUUGGGGGGACUGUGAGUGAAGCCAAGAAGCCCGCCAGCCAUGGCCCCAGCAGUGGCCAGUGCCAGCAGCAGCAGUAGGCCAGGGGCUCUGCAACCCCCAGGGCCGGGCUUGGCCUUCACCUGGGGGCACGCUGCAGUCUGUGGGGCCUAAAGCAGAGGACAGAGAGCAGGCUGGCUCAGGAAGGCAGGGGCUGAGGUGUGCGAGGUGGGCCCUGCACUCCCCUCCCCUGCGCAGGGCAUGCCCUGGGUGUCUGUCCUAGGAGGGGGCGCUGGGUGGUUGGAGGCACUCACCUGGACAGGCCCAGGCCCGGGGCUGUCCUCACAGCAGUGCCUCUGCUCCAUGCUGCAGCCCUGGUGACAAUGUGCGGAUUGUCUGCCGCCCCUUGGAGUCAGCUAGGGAAACCUUAGUACACCUGUGAUGAGCCAAACAACCAUCCCGGCCCCCUCCUCUCCUGACCCCACUGCUUCCCACCAGCCCAGCCACCUGAUAUCAGGGCCGGAGCCAGGACAGCCCCCCCCCCCCCGCUUUGGGUGGGGGGGUGCCUGUCACGGUGCCUGGCUCUCCCGACACCCAGCCUGUGCAGACCAGGGAGUGGGGGGGCCCGAAAGGGUGAAGAGCACGGCUGUCAAGGAAAUCAAGUCCCACGGAUCGGCACGGAAGGCAGCCCAGGCCCGGGCAGGAUGACUUCAGAGUCUGUUUGGGGACAGACUUCAUUUUCCUCAAGAGGCUUGUUCCAGUGUCAAGCUAUUUCUGGAGUCCCAGAGCUCAGCGCCUGGCAGCCCAUCAAUAAACGCGUUUCCUGAAUGAC